GUAAAUAAUACUGUGCAUGAUACCGACACGUGAUUGGCUGUUUUGUCAGCUAUCUGACGGCAUACUUAUACCGAUCGCGAGGUAUUUUUUAACGCAGAACAUAACAGUGCUUACUACAGUGUCAAGAUCUUAUUAUCAAUUUACCUAUUUCCUUUUUUUUUUUUUUUAUAUUCAAUUAUAUUGUUUUUUUUUUUACAAUUGAAAAUUAAAUAAAUAUAAUUUUCUAUUUUUGCCUACGUAAUUUUAUUUUGUUUAUAAAUACUUGUGAAAAACAUUCAACUUGUGGUUUUUUUUUUUAGUUUAAAUAUUUAAAAAAAAAUCAUGAAGAGCAUUUUUGGUGUUUUUGUCGUCGUCUGUUUUAUUGCAGUUGUGCAUUCUUUUCCAGGUGUUCCACGUGAUUCAAAUGAGUCAGAUAAAAAAUCAAAUGGUGAAACAAUAUUAAUUCUACCAGGAUUACACGAAAAUCCAUUCCAUGGAGAUUCAUUCCAGCCAAGUUUUUCAUUUUCUGAUUUGACUGAUGAUGGUGACAGUGAUGAAGAUAGCCUUGGUUAUCAUCCAUUCAGAUUUAAUUUUGAUUCAUCAAGUUUUUUCAAACGCAUGCAAGAUACAAUGAAAAAUCUUGAAGCACAAUUGGCCAAUUCAUUUUCUCAUAUUCCAAAACCUGGCUCAUUGCUUCCAUGGGGAAAUGUUCCUGAUGGUGCAAACUCAACUUCAACUAAAAAGGUGAUUGACGGACACGUUGUAACGAUCAAUGAAACGACAUACAAGAGUGACGAUGAUAGUACAUAUGUUCGAUUCCGUAUUGUAGAUGUACAACCGGAUAACACGACAGACGUGACAACUGAAUCAGAUACCAAGGACAUUGAUCAGAAUGGUGGUGAAGUUACAGACAAAAUACCAAAUGAUAAUUCAUCAACUCCAUCGCCAUCAUCACCAUCAUCACCAAUAACAACAACAACAACAACAACUGAAUCAACAAAAGAAGAAACAACACCAUCUUCAAGAAGUGUUGAAACUGUUGAAGAUCUUGGUAACAAUGAAAUUCCAAAUCAAGUUGACAACUUCAGAGCAUAAAUUUAACAAUCAACACUAUUAUUGUAAUUUAAUUUUUUUAUUAUAUAUCUCGAAAGAACAAUUUUUAAUAAUUUAAUAAUCAAAAAGAUAAAAAGUUUUAAAUUGUUAAACCUUUGUUAUUAAUUUUAAAUGAAAAAAAAUAAUAAUAAUUUACUAUUUUGUCAAUGGUUUUAUCGAAUCAUUCAAUGACAUUCAGGUAAUAAUUUUAUUCAAAUAAAUUUAAUCAAAUUUAACAUUUAUUUUUUUAUUUACUUGUCAAUUAUUAUUUCAUUUUUUAUUUCCUUUUUUUAGAAUAACUAUUAUUGUACAGAAAUUCAGUUUGUUUAAAGUAAAAUCUAGCUUACUUUAUUCUUUGGGGUAUUACAAAGGGCUUCUUAUAAAAGUUGGACGGUUUUUGUUGUAGAAAAAAAGAAAAAAAAAAAAAAAGACAUAAAAACUUUACAUUUUAAUAUGUUUUUAUAUGUUUUUUUUUUAUUUUAUUUUUCUUUUCAUUUGAUGGAUUUAAAAAAAUUAUGACUUGUUGCGAUGCAGACAUUUUUUGUUUGUUAUUAUUUUUAUUUGACAUCAAGAAAUCUCUUUAAAUUGUUAAAGAGACCUGAGUGUUUUAUCAAUGUGACGAAGUGUUGUUUCAGGAACAGAAUCUUUGAGUGCUCGUCUGAAACCAUCCCAUCUUGAUAGUUU